AUGUCUGACCUUCCCCAGCCCGAGAGCUCCAUCACAACAACAAAUUCCGAACCCGACGAUGCGCCGACAACAUCGCUGCCGGCUGCUCAUGGCUCCGGCCAGAAGUCCAAGGGCGGUUUCCAGCUCAACGUGCACGACGCCCUGAGCCCCGACCCGACCAACGAGGAUAUGUACGAUGUCCAAGAUAACAAGUUCGCCUUUUCACCCGGUCAACUUUCCAAGCUCCUCAACCCGAAAAGCCUCGACGCGUUUUACGCCCUCGGGGGCUUGGCCGGCCUUGAGAAAGGCCUGCGCACCGAUCGCAAUGCGGGUCUCAGCACCGACGAGGGGACCCUUGACGGCGCCGUCAAGUUCGAAGACGUUGCGCCCAAGGGCACUCCCAAAUACGGCUCAAACGGCGACACUCUGCCCGUCGCCAAGGGCGACAACGACAGCCCCGCGACCCCCGCGCACCCGCACCACACCACGGGUCAGUUCGCCGACCGCAAGCGCGUCUUUCGCGACAAUAGGUUGCCCGAGAAGAAGAGCAAAUCGCUGCUAGAGCUGGCCUGGAUCACCUACAAUGACAAGGUCCUGAUCCUGUUGACCGUCGCCGCCGUCGUGUCCUUGGCCCUCGGCCUGUACCAGACGUUUGGUGUCGAGCAUGAGGAUGGUGAGGCCAAGGUGGAGUGGGUUGAGGGUGUCGCCAUCAUGGUGGCCAUCAUCAUCGUCGUGGCUGUGGGUACGGUCAACGACUGGCAGAUGCAGAGGCAGUUCAACACGCUCAACAAGAAGGCCGGCAACCGCACCGUGAAGGUCAUCCGCUCCGGCAAGUCGGUUGAGGUUUCGGUUUUCGAUAUCAUGGUCGGCGACGUCAUGCACCUUUUCGCCGGUGACCUGGUUCCUGUCGAUGGCAUCUUCAUUAACGGCCACGGCGUGAAAUGCGACGAGUCCUCUGCCACUGGCGAGUCCGAUCUGCUGAAGAAGGUUGGCGCCGACGAGGUCUUUGCCAUCUUGGAGGAUGUCGCCAAGGGAGGUAAACCCCCCGCCGACGUUGAGAAGCUCGACCCCUUCAUCAUCUCCGGCAGCAAGGUCAACGAGGGUACCGGCACCUUCCUGGUUACCGCCGUCGGCGUCAACUCGAGCUACGGCCGCAUCAUGAUGUCGAUGCACACCGACCAGGAGGACACGCCCCUGCAGAAGAAGCUCAACGUCCUGGCUGACUGGAUUGCCAAGUUUGGUGGCGGCGCUGCCCUGCUCCUCUUCGUCGUUCUCUUCAUCAAGUUCCUGGCUCAGCUCCCCAACAACACCGACACCCCCGACCAGAAGGGCCAAACCUUCCUACGGCUGUUCAUCACCUCGGUUACUGUCGUCGUGGUUGCCGUUCCUGAGGGUCUCCCCCUGGCCGUUACCCUCGCCUUGGCGUUUGCAACCACCCGGAUGUUGAAGGACAACAAUCUUGUCAGGGUGCUCAAAGCUUGCGAGACCAUGGGCAAUGCCACCACCGUUUGUUCCGACAAGACUGGCACCCUGACGCAGAACAAGAUGACUGUCGUGGCUACCACUCUUGGAAAGAGCAUCAGCUUUGGCGGCACCGACGCGCCAUUGGAGGAGGACAAGGACGAGACCAGCAAGGCUGUCGAAAUUGAUAUCCCCAACCUGCCCGUUGCCGACUUUGUGAAGGGCCUCAGCGCCACUUCCAAGCAGCUCCUGGUGCAAUCCAACGCCGUCAACUCGACCGCUUUCGAAGGUGACGUUGAAGGCGAGAAGACCUUCAUCGGUUCCAAGACCGAGGUUGCCCUGCUUACUCUCUGCCGCGACCAUCUCGGUGCCGGACCCAUCCAGGAAGAACGCGCCAACGCCAACGUCGUCCAGGUGGUGCCCUUCGACUCGGCCGUCAAGUACAUGGCCACCGUCGUCAAGCUACCCAACGGGAAGUUCCGUGCCUACGUGAAGGGUGCCUCUGAGAUCCUUCUUGGCAAGUGCACUCAGGUUAUGGCCGAUCCCGCCAGUGAGGAGCUGACCACAACCCCCAUCACCGAGGAUGACCGCGCCGUCUUCUCGCAGACCAUCACUUCUUAUGCCGGCCAGACCCUUCGCACCAUCGGUUCCUCGUACCGCGACUUUGAGUCGUGGCCGCCUCCGGAGCUCGCCGGCCAGCAGGAGCUGACAGCCGUCGAGUUUGACAAGGUGCACAAGGACAUGACGCUCGUGGCUAUCUUCGGUAUCAAGGACCCGCUCCGCCCCACCGUCAUCGACGCCAUCAAGGACUGCCGCCGCGCUGGUGUCACUGUGCGCAUGGUCACCGGCGACAACAUCUUGACCGGCCGGGCCAUCGCCAAGGAAUGUGGCAUCUACCACCCCGAGGAGGGCGGCCUCGCCCUGGAGGGUCCCGAAUUCCGCCGCAAGUCCGAAGAGGAGCUGAAGAAGCUCGUACCUCGCUUACAGGUGCUCGCCCGGUCGAGUCCGGAGGACAAGCGCAUUCUGGUCCGCACCCUGAAGGAUAUUGGCGAGACGGUUGCUGUGACUGGCGACGGAACCAACGAUGCGCCGGCUUUGAAGAUGGCCGAUAUCGGGUUUGCCAUGGGCAUUGCUGGUACCGAGGUGGCCAAGGAGGCUGCGUCCAUCAUCCUGAUGGAUGACAAUUUCGCGUCCAUCGUCAAGGGUAUCAGCUGGGGUCGGGCGGUCAACGACGCCGUCAAGAAGUUCUUGCAGUUCCAACUGACCGUCAACAUUACCGCCGUGGUCCUGACCUUCGUGUCUGCUGUUGCCAGCAACGAGGAGGAGUCCGUGCUCAACGCGGUUCAGCUUCUCUGGGUCAACCUCAUCAUGGACACCUUCGCCGCCCUUGCCCUCGCCACAGAUCCGCCUGCGCCGUCGGUUCUCGACCGGAAGCCUGAUAAGAAGUCGGCCGGGCUCAUCAACGGCCGCAUGAUGAAGAUGAUCAUCGGCCAAGCCAUCUGUCAGCUUGCCAUCACUUUUGUUCUCCACUUCGCCGGCGCCACGCUCCUCGGUUACGACCUCGCCAACGCCAACAGGGAGAUCGCCGAGCACGAGGAGAAGCGUCUGCGAACCCUCGUCUUCAACACGUUUGUCUGGCUGCAGAUCUUCAACGAGCUCAACAACCGCCGUCUCGACAACCGGUAUAACAUCUUCGAAAACAUUUCCAAGAACUACUUCUUCAUCAUCAUCAACUUGAUCAUGGUCGGCGGCCAAGUCCUCAUCAUCUUCGUUGGUGGCGAGGCCUUCAAGAUCACGCCCCUUGACGGCAAGGAAUGGGGCCUCUCCAUCGGCCUCGGUGCCAUCUCACUACCCUGGGGCGCCGUGAUCCGAACCUUCCCCGACGCCUGGGCCGAGGCCAUGGUCCCGCACUUCCAGAUCCCGCUGCCCAACAUCUGGCCCUUCAAGGGCAUUGUCAAGAAGCGCCGCGCCGCCGCCGCGGGUGGCGACGCCGAGAAGGUGCCGCUGUCCGAGGAGGAGCGCCGCAAGCUCGCCGACGAGAGCAGCGACAGCGACGCCACCUUCGAGCCCCCGCUGCGCGCCCUCACCAGCAUCCGUGGCCGUCGCGCCACGCACAACACCCGCCGCAGCCUGAGGGAGUACAUGCACGAUCAAAAGACCAAGGUCAAGGAUAAGGCCAAGGUCAUUAGUGGGAGCAAGACCGAUGUGUCGUCGCAGACGCAGUCACACUCGCAGGCGCCGGGGCUGGGCGGGAAGUUGCCGACGGUUUGA